AUGGCAAUAGCUGAGCGUAAAAGUAAGGUCCAGCACAAUGGCCUUACGAACUCUCAUACCGACAAAAGGAAUGGCACAUCUGAAAAGCACGGAACACGGUGGGCCCCUCUAAACAUCGGCCUCGAAAGACGCCUGCAGACCUUUGUCGUUCUUUACCACACAUUGACAAUGGCCAUAUGCCUGACCUUAUUCUUCUUUGUCUGUGCAAUGCCCUUAUUCUGGCCUUUGCUUGUUCCAUACCUCGCCUACAUCCUCUUCUCCAACGCGGCGACAUCCGGAACCUUGCGACGCAAACAGUGGCUUCGCAGCUCCCGAGCCUGGAAACUUUACGCCUCCUAUUUCCCCGCCAGAUUACAUCGUACACAGGUACUGCCGCCUACUCGAAAAUAUAUAUUUGGAUACCAUCCUCAUGGAAUCAUUUCUCACGGUGCCUUUGCCGCGUUUGCUACGGAAGCCCUCGGAUUCUCAAACUUGUUCCCAGGGAUCACUAAUACGCUGCUCACGCUGGACUCCAACUUCAGAAUACCGUUUUAUAGGGAAUACGCCAUGGGUAUGGGUUUGGCCAGUGUGUCUCGCGAAUCAUGUGAGAACCUUUUGACCAAAGGCGGCGCUGACGGCGAAGGAAUGGGUCGAGCAAUUACUAUUGUAGUCGGGGGUGCACGCGAGUCACUAGACGCACAACCGGGCAGCCUCCGACUCAUCUUGAACAGUCGCAAGGGCUUCGUGAAGCUAGCAGCCCGCACCGGCGCUGAUUUGGUCCCCGUUCUCGGAUUCGGCGAGAACGAUUUAUACGAUCAGGUCGAUUCAGAACAGCAUCCUUUUAUCCAUAAGAUUCAGAUGCUGAUCAAGAAAUUCAUGGGUUUCACCGUGCCGUUGUUUCAUGCGCGCGGCGUGUUUAACUACGACGUCGGCCUAAUGCCCUAUCGGAGACCGCUCAAUGUUGUUGUUGGAAAACCGAUUGAAGUCAUUAAGCAACGCCAUCAGGACAAAGUUGACGAAGAGUAUAUCAACGAAUUACAUAAUAAAUAUGUCCAAGAACUCACUCGACUAUGGGAUGAGUGGAAGGAUGUAUAUGCAUCUAACCGGACUUCUGAACUCGAGAUCGUUGCAUAA